GAAUUUUGUUUUUCUUUUUGUUUCACACACCCCAGUUUCGCAAUAUCCAUAAUGUCCAGCCCUUGACAACCAACAUAGCACCUGGUCACCUGCAGGAGCCCUGUGAAGUUGGCAAGGGGUUGGUGGUGUGAUAGCCGUCUAACAGACGGGGAAACCGGGCCUCAGAGAAGGCGGGCAACCCCCACGGCGGGACGCAUCUCCCCACCGUCAAGGCUGGGAGUAGAAGCCGCAGCCUCCGCUCCGGCCCGGCCCCACGGCUGGACGCAGCUCCCCAGAGCCCGGGCUGGGAGCAGAAGCCACAGCCUCCGCGCCGGCCCGGCCCCACGCGCGGCCGGCAGAUGAAAAACUACAAUUCCCAGGAUGCCAUUCCGAGCGGGGUUAGGAAGCGGAAGCGAAGCCGGAGGCGAAAUCCGAAGGCGCCGCCGCCGCUGCUUCCUGGGGUGACGGGAUCAGUCUGGUUGAAAGAACAGAGAACUAAGCACAUGGACUGGAGAUUGGAAGGGAGUACUCAGAAAGUAGAAUCACCUGUGCUGCAGGGGGAAGCAGGCAUCCUAGAGGAGACAGGUGAAGAUGGACUUCCUGAAGGCUUCCAGCUUCUGCAGAUUGAUGCGGAAGGCGAGUGCCAGGAGGGAGAGACCCUGGCCACAGGCAGUACAGCAUGGUGCUCGAAAAAUGUCCAGAGAAAACAGAGACACUGGGAAAAGAUAGUUGCAGCAAAGAAGAGCAAAAGAAAGCAAGAAAAAGAACGAAGAAAAGCCAAUCGUGCAGAAAAUCCAGGCAUCUGCCCCCAGCACAGCAAACGUUUCCUGAGAGCUCUAACCAAAGAGAAACUUUUGGAAGCCAAACACUCAGGACCAAGACUGUGUAUCGAUUUGAGUAUGACCCACCACAUGUCAAAGAAGGAAUUAAGUAGACUGGCUGGACAGAUUCGAAGGUUGUAUGGUUCAAACAAAAAAGCUGACAGGCCAUUUUGGAUCUGCCUCACUGGAUUCACAAUAGACAGUCCCCUUUAUGAAGAGUGUGUGAGGAUGAAUGAUGGAUUUUCUAGUUACCUGCUAGAUAUAAAAGAAGAAGACUGCUUUAGUUUAUUUCCUCUGGAAACCCUUGUGUACCUGACUCCUGACUCAGAACAUGCUCUUGAAGAUGUUGAUCUAAACAAAGUUUACAUCCUCGGUGGGCUUGUGGAUGAAAGCAUUCAGAAGAAGGUGACAUUUCAAAAGGCCUGGGAGUACUCUGUCAAGACCGCACGCUUGCCAAUCCAGGAAUACAUGGUCAGAAAACAGAAUGGGAAAAACUAUCAUUCAGAGAUCCUGGCCAUCAAUCAAGUGUUUGAUAUCCUGUCGACUUACUUAGAGACUCGCAACUGGCCUGAAGCAUUGAAGAAAGGAGUUACUUCAGGAAAAGGCUAUAUUCUUCGGAACUCAGUGGAAUGAUGGGCCUAAGAUUGCAGGUGCGUGGCCAGGCGUGGUGGCUCACGCCUUAAUCCCAACACUUUGGUAGACCGAGGCGGGCAGAUCACCUGAGGUCAGGAGUUCAAGACCAGCACGGCCAACAUGGUGAAACCUGUCCCUACUGGAAAUACAAAAAUUAGCCAGGUGUGAUGGCAUGCACCUGUAGUCCCAGCUACUUGGGAGGCUGAGGUGGGAGAAUCACUUGAACUCGGGAGGUGGAGGUUGCAGUGAGCCGAGAUUUCGCCACUGCAUUCCAGCCUGGGUGACAAGAGUGACACAGCAAGACUCCAUCUUAAAAAAAAAAAAAAAAAAAAAUUGCAGCUGCAAGAGUGAGGUGCUGGAGUUAACCUUGACCAAAGAGCAGGGCAGAGGGUGUCAGUGGCACAUAAUUGCCUUUGCAUGACAUAUUCUCAGAGCUUCACAGUAAGCUAAUGUCCGGGACCACACUGAAUGCUUUUUAAUUUCCCAUAGUGCCUGGCUCACAGGAAGUGCCCAGAUAAGUAAUAAAAAGUUAAUGUGGUGGGCGCAGUGGCUCAUGCCUGUAAUCCCAGCACUUUGGGAGGCUGAGGCGGGCAGAUCACAAGGUCAGGAGUUCCAGACCAGCCUGGCCAAUAUGGUGAAACCACCCUGUCUCUACUAAAAAUGCAAAAAUUAGCUAGGCGCGGUGGCGCGUGCCUGUAGUCUCAGCUACUCAGGAGGCUGAGGCAGGACAAUCACUUGAACCUGUGAGGCGGAAGUUGCAGUGAGCUGAGAUCGUGCCACUGCACUCCAGCCUGGGCGACAGAGCAAGACUGUCUCAAGAAAAAAAAGAAAUUUAUGUAACAAGGAAUUAGCCCCAAAACCACAUGGUUUUGGAUGUGCUAAUUGAACUGUUGUAUAUCUAUUUGUGAGAGACCUCUUGAAAUUGUUUAAAUGGUUAUAUCAAGAGUUUAAUAUUCACUAAACUGGCAUCAUAAAAUUGGAUGACUUUCUCCAGCCUUGUCUGAUCAUGCUUAUCGUCUCCCAGCUCUGUAAUAAGCUUUGCAGGAUCCAGCCUGUUCUGACCUAUCCCUACUGAGUCCCCAUAGCAUUUUGUUCCCUCCUAUGGCUCUUACCCUGUGGAGUAUGCACAUGGAGGACUUCUCUUCCUAAUGGCAGGAUCCUAACAGGACAGAUCUGUGUACCUAUCUUUCUAUCCUCUCUGAGCCUGGUACCAACUAGAUUCUUCAUAUGUAUUUGUAACAGAUUAAAUUGUAAAGCAAACACAGUAUUGAUAAAAGUCUGUCUUGAAAA